AUGCCUUUGCAAGUCAUCUUUAGGACUCACAAGUACUUUAUUUACAAGAAAUUAACGUCUACUGCUACAAUGACAAGUCUAAAAGGUCUAAAAAUCAUUCUCGGUGCAAUGCCAUUUGGCGAAGGAACUGGAGGUCGCAUCACGUCUCCUACAGAGGUGGAACGAAUAAUCAACCUACUGUUCCAGCACGGUCAUAACGAAAUUGAUACGGCCCGAAUGUAUACUGGAGGGAAUAGCGAGAAAUUGCUGGGCUCUUUGAAUCUGUCACGGACGAAGUACAAAAUAGCCACGAAAGCCUUUCCGUUUGAACCUGGGAUGCAUUCUAGGACUCAAAUCCGAACUCAAUUUGAGGCUAGUCUUACAGCUUUGAAUAUGACGCAUGUCGAUUCCUUCUAUUUGCAUGCGCCGGAUCAUGCAACACCUUUUGAGGAUACCUUGGCCGAAGUGCAAGCAUUCUACAACGAGAACAAAUUCACAGAGCUCGGAGUCUCAAAUUAUGCUGCUUGGGAGCUCACGCAUCUUUGGCAUAUCGCCAAGCAGAACAAUUACGUCUUACCAACGAUUUGUCAGGCAAUGUACAAUCCAUUAACCAGAUCCAUCGAAGACGAACUGAUACCAGCAUGUCGAGCACUAAACAUAUCACUAUACGCUUACAACCCGUUAUGUGGAGGUCUCCUUACAGGAAAAUACUCAUACACAUCUCCACCGUCUGAGGGGCGUUUUGGAGAACACGGACAAGGCGACAUGUACAGAUCUCGUUUCUGGAAACGAGAAUACUUCGCAGCUAUAGAUAUCGCCAAAGCAGCUUGUGACAAGGAGGGAAUAUCACUAGUGAACGCAUCUCAUCGGUGGCUGAUGCAUCAUUCUCAGUUACGUGCUGGUGUCGAUGGUAUCGUCACUGCUGUAUCGUCGUAUGAGCAGGCAGUUAGUAAUCUCAAGGAUUAUGAGGACGGGCCCCUGCCGUCGACGAUUUGUGAUGCUUUUGACGAGGGAUGGCAACUCAUCAAGGGUGUGUGUCCCACGUAUUGGCGUAAACAUACAGGGAUGGAGGCUAAAGCUGGUGGUAUUAAACUGUAA